CUAUGCUGUAGUUCUAUUUAUCCAUGAUUUGAAUGAAAGUUUGGUUGAACCCAUGAUAAAAAGGGAUGGAAAUGAAGUGGAAGAAUGGAGUUUCUCGUUUGGAGGUGAAUACAAUUGCUGGGUCCUCGAAGUUUCUAUUGAACCAGAAUGAUUCCCAAGAGGAAGCAACUCUGUCUCAGCAAGCGAUGGAAUCUAGGAGGCUUCGUACACUUGCACAAAAGAAACAAUCAGCAAAAUCGGAAGUCGUAGGAUUAGCCGAUGGUUCUGAGCUGGAUCCAUCGAGUUUCAUAAAUACCCUAGGAGUAAUAUUGAGUAAAAAACAAUAUUCAACAAUACGAAGCGAAAUAGAGAUCACUUUAAAAAGGGAUGAUAAAAAACCGUUCCGUCCGAGACGCUCGCUUAGGCGACCCAAUUAUUGUUGGACAGUGCUGAAUGGUGAGUUGACGCCAUCUAUGGAAUGUACUGGACGUUGCUGCUUUCACAUGAUGCGAAGUAGUAUUGUAUGUGCUUCGAUAAAGCGCAAUAGUCGAUUUAAGCAUCUCGUGGAUCCUCUGAAGAGAUUCAGGAAGAAUUUGAUCGACUCACGCAUCUCUCCUCCCCCUCCUCAGGAAACUGAGGUUACGGAUUUGGAAAGAAUAUUGGCUAAUAGCCAUAUCGAUACAAAUAGGGAUGUGACCAGAGGAUACCCAGAAAUGAUCGAAAAAAUUAAGAGAAUCGACAUACAGGAUUCAGAUUCAGAAAUGGAUGAAGAGUGAAUCUAGAUACCAGAGUGCAAAUAAUAUAAUUUUUAUUUGUUUUUGAGUUGUAUUCUGUGAAUGCUUCAUAACGUUGGAUCCAGACGAAGGCACCAUACCACCUUAACCACCAUAACAUCAUACGCUACAUCGGAGCUGUUUAGUAACUGUCGUAAAAAAUCGUGUUUGAAAUGCGCAUUCCCGCCCUAUCGCAAUUACACUUUAUACAGGAUGUACGGGAUUAAUGAAUAAUCCUCAAACACCUCAG